AUGGACAUGGUGGCCGAAGUCUCGAGGCCGCGUGCGCCCACUCUUCGGGGCGCGACCCGCCGUGCGCGGCCCCUCCUCGGCACCCCGUCGCCUCUCGCGCGCGUCCCGGCCCCGCGCGCGCGUCCGAUGCCGCCUCUGCGCGCCAAGGACGCGAAGAAGGACGCCCCGCCCGCGAAGAAGAAGGAGAAGAAGCCGGAACCCUUCGACUUCGCGCGCGUCGCCUCCUACGCCACCGGUGCCGUCAUGCAUGCUUCCUACGGCUCUCCGCCCUCGGACCCGUCCAAGGAGCGGCGCGCGGGCAUCGUGCUGCACCCCACGUCCCUCCCUGGCGCGUACGGCUGCGGGGACGUCGGCCCGGGCGCGUUCAAGUUCGUCGACUGGCUGGCCAAGGCCGGGAUGACGGUGUGGCAGGUGCUGCCGCUGGUGCCGCCGGAGCGCCUGUACUGGUCGCCGUACACGGGCGAGGACGGGCUCUGCGGGAACACGCUCAUGAUCUCCACCGAGUGGCUCGAGGAGUGGGGCCUGCUCCAGGAGGGCGAGGCGCCGGACCCCAACACGUUCCUGGGGAAGAAACACGCGGGGACGAUGUGCGGGCGCGUGGACUUCGCGGCCGUGGCCAAGGUGAAGGACCCGCUGCUCGACAAGGCCGCGCAGCGGCUGGUGGACGCGGCGGCGCCGGACUACGCAGGCCCGAAGGCGAUUGCUGAGCUGGCGACAGAGAUGCAGGCGUGGAGGGCCGCGGAGGAGAGCUGGAUCGAGGACAGCGCGCUGUUCCGCGUCAUCGCGGACAGCGUCGAGGGCUGCGUGGAGACGGAGUGGUUCGACUGGCCGAAGGAGCUGCGGCUGCGGGAGCCCGCGGCGCUCGAGGCGGUGCGGGAGAAGCACGCAGCGUCGAUCGACCGUUUCGUGGCUAAGCAGUUCCUCUUCGACAAGCAGUGGCGGCGCCUGCGGGCGUACGCGAACGAGCACGGCGUGUCCAUCAUCGGCGACAUCCCGAUCUACGUCGGCGGGCACUCCGCGGACGUGUGGGCCUCGCAGCACCUGUUCGAGCUGUCGGCCGACGCCAAGCCGCUGCUGGUCUCCGGCGUGCCGCCGGACGCCUUCAGCGACACGGGGCAGCUGUGGGGGUCCCCGCUCUUCGACUGGGCCGCGCACGAGAAGGAGGACUUCCAGUGGUGGACGCGGCGCAUGCGCCGCGCCAUGGCGUUGCACGACGAGGUGCGCAUCGACCACUUCCGUGGAUUCACGGGCUACUGGGCCGUCGAGGCCACGGAGGAAACGGCAAUGGUGGGGGUGUGGAAGCGCGGGCCGGGGUCGAAGCUGUUCCAGGCGCUGGAGCGGCACCUGGGGAAGGUGCCGAUCCUCGCGGAGGACCUCGGCGUGAUCACGCCGGACGUGCAUGAGCUGCGCAAGGAGAUUGACGCGCCGGGGAUGGUGGUGCUGCAGUUCGCGUGGGGCAGCGACGCGCGGAACACGCACCUCCCGCACAACCACUACGAGGACUCGUUCGCGUACCCGGGCACGCACGACAACGACACGUGUCAGGGGUGGUGGGACCGGAUCCCUGAGGGCAGCGAACGCGACUACUUCAGGACGUACCUGGGCGUGACGGGCGAGGACCCCGCGUGGGACCUGAUCAAGUCGUGCAUGCAGUCCGUGUCGCGCACGGCGCUGUUCACCCUUCAGGACGUCAUGCGGCUCGGGAACGAGGAGGGCCGCAUGAACACCCCCGGGGUCGCCGAGGGCAACUGGUCGUGGACGCUGACGGACCGGGACGCGUGGAGCAAACUCGCGAAGGAGGCCGAGGACCUCCGGGACCUCGCGAUCACCUUCGACCGCGCGCCGUGGCCCGAGAAGGCGGAGGACGUGCCGUCGAACAAAAAGAGGGUUGCGGCGGAAAGGGCCAAGGCGGGGGCGGGCGGCGUGGGCGGGAAGGACGUCAGCGACCCGAUCGACGCGUUCUGCCAGGACGAGAGCAACGUCAGCGAGGGCGAGUGCCGGGUGUACGACAAUUAG